AUGGGGUUCGCAGGCACCGACCCGCUCAACCCCGCCGUCCUGCUCGAGGACUCGGUGGCUGUCGUCGGGGUCGGCAUCGCCGCUGCGGGCGUCGGCGUCUCGCUUGUGACUGCCACUCGCCCGAGCAACCCGGUCUACGACGCCGCCGGCUCGAUCGCCGUCGGGGGACUGAUGGGCGCCGUCGCCAUCUUCAUCAUCAACCGGAGCCAGACCUCCUCGGCAGGGCGGCGGCUCGUGCGCCUUCCCCCGACCCUCCCCCGACCCUUCCUGCACAGGAACCGCACCUUCCUUGGCCAGUCGGCGGACGAGAUGGUCCUGACGGUGCAGGACGUCAAGUCGGUGCUGGUGGGGCCGCAGAGCGCGCGCUUCAAGGCCGAGAUCCACUUCAACCCGCAGCUGCUCUCGGACAAGUACCUCGCCGCGCACAACAACCUGCGCGAGGUGCACAAGACGUGCCGCGCGGUCGAGACGGAGGAGGACGCGAAGCGACUCUUCGAGCGGUCCGCCGUCUUCCUCCUCGCGACUCUCUCCAUCGAGGCGGCAGCGCCGGCCGCCCUCACGCGACACCGGCUGGAGCACAUCGUGCGCACGGCGUACCCAGAGUUCAAAUACAUAGACUUGGAGGUGUUGUGA